ACGUGGUUUUUGGAAGCUAAAUAAUAAUUUAUUGAAUGAUGAUACAUUUUGUAAUAUAGUGGAAAAAACCGUCAGAACAGAUAUUCGGGGGAUACCAAUAUGAAUCACACACUAAAAUGGGAAUUUUUCAAAUUCAAGGUAAGAGAAGCAACAAUAAGGUGCAGCAAAGAAAUAAAAAAACAAAUGACUCUAAAGAAAUGAGUAUUAUGAAUGAAUUAAACAUAUUAAUGAAGAAAGAUGCUCUAUCAGAUUAUGAAGAAAUUAAAUUGAAAAGACUAAAGGAAGAAAUAGAUAAUGGAUAUAUUAACAUGGCUAAAGGGGCCUUUAUAAGGUCCAAAGCAGAAUGGCUAGAACUAGGUGAAAGAAAUUCUAGUUACUUUUUUGCUCUUGAGAAACGAAACCAAAGAAGAAACAAUAUAUCUGCUCUUAAGAUUGAUAAUGACAUAACUACUAAUCAUUUAGAUAUCUCAAAACAUGUUGGUACAUUCUACAAUGAUAUAUACAAAUCAAAUUGUAAUGUUAAUGAUUGUGAUAGAUUUAUUGAGUCAGUUAAAAAUUCUGCACCAACUAUCUCAGAAAACGUUAAAACCAACUGUGAACGUCCCAUAACAAAAUCAGAAAUUUCAGAGGCGAUUCGAUCAAUGAAAAAGGGCAAAUCUCCAGGCAACGAUGGUUUAUCAGUAGAAUUUUAUUAACAUGUCUGGGAUAUCAUUGUUGAUCCUUUAUUAGAAUUAUUUAAGGAAUGCCGUGAUAGAAAGGAAAUGUCCACAAGCAUGAAACAGGGUGUUAUAACUUUAAUUCCUAAACCUGAUAAAGAUCUUCUUAUUAUAGAAAAUUGGAGAUGUAUGACAGUUUUGAACAUAGAUUUUAAGAUGAUCUCAUUGGUCUGUGCCAAAAGAUUUUUUUUUAAAAAAAUCCUGAUGAGAUCAUAGCUGAAACACAAACUGGAUUUAUGACCAACUGCCAUAUCAGUUCAAACAUAAGGCUUAUUUUUGACCUAUUAGACUACUCUGACAAUAUAGAUGAUGAUUCCCUUAUUGUGUUUCUUGAUUUUUAUAAGGCUUUCGAUACGGUAGAACAUUAUUUCUUAUUUAAAGCACUCAAAACCUUUGGUUUUGGUCCAAACUUUGUGUCAACUAUCGAAAUGUUUUAUAAAAAUAUUGACAGUUGUGUCAUACUAUAUCCAAAUACUACUAAAAGAUUUCCAGUCAUGAGAUCUGUUCGCCAGGGUUGCCCAAUUUCGCCCUUUUUAUUUUUGAUUGUGGCUGAACUACUUUCAUUACACAUUUUGAAUAGCCCAGUAAUUAAAGGUUUAUCUGUUAUGAGUAAAGAAAUCAGAGUGACUCAACUAGCAGGCAACUUUAUUCUUAAAAAACAAAGAUCAGAUUGAAAAAGCUAUUUCAUUAAUAGACAAAUUCUCAACUGCCUCCGGAUUAAAACUAAACAAAUCUAAAUGUGAAAUUUUAUUUUUGUACCAAUCAAAUGUCAAAUCUUUAUAUGAUAUUCCUGUCAAAAACUGUGUUAGAUACCUUGGCAUUCACAUCUGUAAGAAUGACACGGAGCGUCAACAACUCAACUUCUCUCCCAGGAUGGAAAAAACUAAAACUAUGUUGAACUUAUGGCUCCAAAGAGACCCAUCACUUUUAGGAAGAGUCCUUUUGACUAAAGCUGGAGGUGUUUCCAGAUUUAUGUAUCCAGCCCUUUCCCUUAAUGUGUAUGAUUCCAUGUGUAAAAGUAUUAAUAACUUAUUUGUUAACUUUGUAUGGAAGAAUAAGCACCAUCAUCUAAAAAAAUCAUUGCUUUCUGGACCUAAAGAUAAAGGUGGUUUUGGCCUUCUGGACUUCAUGGACCUGAACUAUACAUUUAAGGUGAAAUGGCUAAAAGAAUGCAUAAAAUCUCCUGGAUCAUUAUGACAUUUCAUUCCACAUUUUUCGGAAUGUUGGAGGUCUACAGUUCUUAUUGUCUUGUCAUUACAGUAUAUCAAAGUUACCAGUUAAAAUGUCUGCAUUUAAUCAACAGGCAUUGUUGGCUUGGAAACGAUGUUAUUCACAUAACUUUUCUCCACAUAGAUCUAUUAUCUGGAAUAAAGAAUGUAUCACUAAGAGGAACAAAUCACUUUAUUUGCAGAAAUGGAUUGAUAAAAAGAUCAUCUAUUUAAAAGACUUAUUUGAAGCUGAAGGCCAAUUACUUAGUUACAAUUACUUUAUUACACAAAAAACAUUCCCUAUCAAAUUUAAAGAUUUUAGCUCAGUAAUAAAGUCCGUUCCCAGUGGACUGAUUGAUUUGAUGAAAGGCUACAAAAAACAGAACACACCACAUGCAUCCGUUAACACUUUUUAUAUAAAUGGUAUUGAUCUCUUAAGCAAGAAAUGUACCAAUAAACAUAUUAGAGAAUGUUUGUAUAAUGCUAAGAAAAUAACUCCAAGAGGGAAGUUUUUGUGGAAUGCUAUUUUUGAAAAUAUCAACUGGGAUAAAGCGUGGCUUGUUCCUUUUAGAUUUUGUAUAACAAACAAAAUAAGACAAUUACAUUUACAACAGGAAAAUACUACAUAACAUAUUACAACAUAUACAACAGAACAUAUACAUAACAUUUCAAGAUUCUGUGACAUUGAUAGAAAAUGUACCUUUUGUAAAACUAAACUUGAAAGUGUUACUCAUUUGUUUAAUGGCUGUUCAUAUAGUGCUACAUUUUGGAGAGAACUUGAAAAUUAUAUACUGUGCAAAACAACAUACGAAAUCAAAAUUGAAGGGAAGGACAUUAUCACUUAUUUUGAAACCAAAGAAAAAAGGUUAUGUACCAUUGUCAAUCUUUAUAUCUUACUAGGGAAAUUCCACAUACAUAAAUGUAAAUUUCAAAACUCAACCCAUUAUUUAAUUUGUUUUUGAUUGAAACUGAAUAUUACUUAAACUCUCUUAAAUCAACGUCUAAUAAAAAAGGUUUAUCAUUGAUUGAAAUUCAUUCAGAAAUUUUCAACAAAUGAGCUGUCACAGAUACAAUUUUCAGGUACAAAGCUAUUAUGAAGUCUGUCACAUCCCUCUUUUUUCCCUUUAUUUAUUUACCUUUCUUAUUUGUCCUGUACGUCUACUGUACAAACUGAGCUGGAAUGACUGACUGUUCACGUUACAAUUUCAAAUAAAGUUCUGAGAAAAAAAUCAAGCUAAAAAAAAAAGUUGUUUCCAGUUUGAUCACGUGAUGAACAAAGGCUGAAAGUGAAAGCAAGCUACGGUCGGUUUCAGCGCCGAGUCCACAGACAGCUACGAUGUCCGCGAUCAACGGAGCAGAGUUUUUCACAGACAUCAUUCUCAGCAUUGAUGAAACUCCUUUUAAAGAUAAGGGAACAUUAAAGAACAUUGUUGAAAAUGGGAAGGAUUGUUACUCCUAUGAGAAGAAGGGUUCCUGUUACAGAGUGAAAGGAACCUUUGAACAGCUGGACAAACUUGUAAGCAGAUGCCAAAGAGCGACCGAUCAUCACAGUACUGCUACACAUGGACAGACCGGUCAGCACAAUCAUCACGCUUCCACUCGUGUCAAAUCUGUGGAAGUGUCUCGGGUUGUUAUGGACUACAUUAAUAAAAAAUGUGAAGAAAAACUUGGAAAAAUUCUUGGAAACUGUUCACUGGUCACUGUACUACAGUCUGACAUCACUGCACGGAUUACUUUCAGACCACAGAGUGGCUCGUUCCACCAAGCUGCCUUUGUCAGGCAGAGGUUCAUCACAUUUUACCAGAGAGUUGCGUCUGACCUGCACAUCAUAUCUGUCCCUGGGAAUCUACAUGAGCACAACAAGCUGCAGAGAAAAUUCUCAACUCUCAUUUUUGAACCAAGCAACAAGAAACUAACAGUCAUGGGACCUUUCCCACACAUAGCUGAAUUUAAGGAGUUUCUUUGGAAAACUCGUUCAACCAAGCGUCCGGUCAGCAAAACUCCAACAGACAGUCUGAGCAACAGAAUCUCAGGGUCUUCAUCUGCACACAAAGAUCCUGAUGAUGAAUCCUGCCCGAUCUGUAUGGAAACAAUAGUCACAAAUAAGAAAAAGACACUGCGGUGCAAGCACUCUUUCUGCAGCGAGUGUCUGGAGAAAGCUUUUGUAUACAAGCCAGUCUGUCCCACCUGUGGGGAGUUAUAUGGUACUCUAAAGGGGACGCAGCCUGAUGGAGGCACUAUGGAGGUCACCAAAAACGCUUCACCUUUGCCUGGUUAUGAGAAGUAUGGAACAAUAGUCAUCCACUAUUAUAUUCCAAGUGGCAUUCAAAAGGAGGAGCAUCCCAACCCAGGUCAACCAUAUGAAGGAGCAUCCCGCACAGCCUACCUUCCAGACUCCUCGGAGGGCAGGAUGGUCCUGGGCCUGCUGAGGCGAGCCUUCGAUCAGAGACUCAUUUUCACCAUUGGACGCUCCACUACCAGUGGCAGAAACAAUACAGUCACAUGGAACGAUAUCCACCACAAAACCUCAACACAUGGAGGACCGACUCACUACGGAUACCCCGACUCCGAGUAUCUCAGCCGAGUUCGAGAUGAGCUGAAAGUCAAAGGAAUUGAAUAAGUUUAAGGUUUGUGUCUCCACAAAGAACACUUACGAUUCUUUUUCUACUUUUUGUCCCCGUUUCAUAAUUCAACAUUUUGAACAUAAACUGUUUUUACCAUAAACUGUAAUGUUGGAAGCAGCUAAUAUUUCCAAAAGAAGUAACAGUAGUAACACUUAACUAUCUGCAAAAGGCACAAACAGUGCAUACGAGUAGAUGUAAGGAGUUAUGACAUGACGUGUGUUUCUGUUCACUCUAUCACAGGUAAAAGGAUGCAGCCGUCCCAGACUGAUCGCUGCUCAUCACAAGCUGAAGGAACACGAAGCGUUUCCUCUUGUUGUGCCUUCAUGAUUCAUCAUGUUUGACAAGAAGCCAGUUUAAGUUGAUUCUCCAUUAACCCCCCCCCCCCGGGGCCCCAUAAAAUAUCAGCUACAUUGUAUAAAUGCACUUUGGUAACACUAACCAGAGGUCUUAAUAAG